AUGGCUCCUACCAAACACCUAUCACGAUGCCCAGCCCUCUCAGGGUUGGACUUUUACCUCCGCCCUCUAUCCGUCGCAGACGUGAAGUCCUGCGUUAUUGUUGAGAGCGCAUUCCCUGAACAUGAACGGUGUUCAGAAGAAAAGUUCCUCUACCGCCUAAACCAAAUACCUACCCUAAGUAUCGGCCUCUUCCUUAGAGAUCACUCCCACUCCGACCGCCUAAUCGGUCACAUAAUCGGCAUGCGCAGUUCCACACCCGUUAUAACUGACGGCUCAAUGCUGAUGCCCGAGAAUUGGCGCUCUCUACCACCUGGUAAGCCAUGGACAUUAGGCGGCCAGCUUAUCGGGAAUGAUCCGUUGGGUAAGACGGUUGCUGUCCAUUCUGUUGUCAUGACGCCUGAGUUUCAGGGCGGGGGGAUUGGAAAGGCAUUCGUUAGAGAUUAUGUCGAUUAUAUCAAAGGGAAUAUUGAUGGGGAGAGACUUGCGCUUAUUGCACAUGAUCACUUGAUUGGAUUUUAUGAGAGCUGUGGGUUUAAGAAUUUGGGGGUUAGUCAGGUUGGCUUUGCGGGCGGUGGGUGGUUUGAUAUGAUUUUGCCGUAUUGA